GACGCAAUGCUCCUUGAUUGGUUCUGUGUCGGAGGCGGUGGUUUAGGGGUCCGGGAAUUCUGCUAGCCGGACACGUGGUAGUGAACUGUGAGGGGUUUGAGGGAUUUUAAAGGCCAAAAGAGUUGGGAGAUUGCAGGACCUAGAGAAAUCCCUUGGGAUGAAGCUGAAUCUUAUCAAGGUAGUCAAUGGCUGUCGCCUUGGACAAAUACAAAACCUGGGCAAAACGGGAGACAUCACCAUGGACAUUCCAGGCUGCCUUCUGUAUACCAAGACUGGCUCUGCUCCUCACCUGACCCAUCACACACUGCAUAAUAUCCAUGGAGUUCCUGCCAUGGCUCAGCUUACACUGUCAUCCCUGGCAGAACAUCAUGAAGUCUUGGCAGAAUAUAAGGAAGGAGUUGGGAAGUUUAUAGGCAUGCCAGAAUCACUCUUGUACUGCUCCCUGCACGAUCCAGUCAGUCCCUGCCCAGCUGGUUAUGUCACAAACAAGUCGGUGUCUGUGUGGGGUGUUGGAGGACGAGUGGAAAUGACGACUUCCAAGUUCAUGGCAAUUCAGGAGGCCCUUCAACCAGAUUGGUUCCAGUGCCUCUCGGAUGGAGAAGUGGCUUGCGAAGAAGUAACUUCCAUAAAAAGAGCCAGAAAGUCUGUGGACAGAUCUCUUCUAUUCCUGGAUAACUGUCUGCAGCUGCAGGAAAAGUCAGAGGUCCUUCGGCAAAGUAUGAUCAUCGGAGUGAUUGAAGGUGGAGAUGUGAUAGAGGAGAGGCUGAGGUCAGCAAGAGAGACAGCCAAGCGGCCUGUCGGUGGCUUCCUUCUGGAUGGCUUUCGAGGGAAUCCAGCCACCCUGGAGACAAGACUACAGUUGCUGUCAUCCGUCACUGCGGAGCUGCCAGAGGACAAACCCAGGCUCAUCUGUGGUGUUAGUCGGCCAGAUGAGGUGCUCAAGUGUAUUGAAAGAGGAGUGGACUUAUUUGAGAGUUUUUUCCCUUAUCAAGUGACAGAGCGGGGAUGUGCCCUGACUUUCAGCUUUGAUUACCAGCCAAAUCCUGAAGAGACACUAUUACAACAGAAUGGGAUACAAGAAGACAUAAAACAUGUGGACCAAGUAAAGAAAAUUAAAACAAGUGGUUGCAACCAAGAAAUGACAUCAUUUGAAAUUAAUCUGAAGGAAAAGAAGUUCCAGGAGGACUUUAACCCGCUAGUAAGAGGAUGUUCCUGUUAUUGCUGUAAGAACCACACCCGUGCAUACAUCCACCAUCUGCUGGUGACCAAUGAGCUGCUGGCCGGAGUCCUGCUUAUGAUGCACAACUUUGAACACUAUUUUGGAUUUUUCCACUCCAUCCGGGAAGCGCUAAAAAGUGACAGGCUGGCACAGCUAAAAGAGCUCAUCUUCCGGCAAGCACCUUGAGACCUUCUCAGAAAUACAAAUUUGACUCAUCACAUUGAGCCUGGACUACUGUUAUAAUAUGGGAAGAUGCACAGAAAUUGUCUAGCUGCAGUCAUAAAUUUAUGGACAUAAGGCUUGCUGAAGUGAAGACCAUCUGUACCCAAUGUGCCCACAUAAAAUUUGAGGAGAUGUCUUCUAAAGACUUUACCUGGGUUGAUCAGGAUUGACCUUCAUUGAUAAGAAAGAAAUGAACUAUAUCCUUUAAAAUUGCUAAGCUAACUUUUUUGGUUGAUGGAGGUUCAUUUAGUCAAAGACAAAAGCUUUAGAUGUGAGAGGACAGCCUUGAACUGGAGGUGAUAGGAGUCUGAGGGACCACUGAGUUGGAUUGUGGCUUGAGGAGAGAUAAUUGUGCAUAAAUAGCAUGACCUCAGUGGACACAUACUUGUUGACUGGAGAAGGAAUCUGGCUGAUGUGAGAGUUUUGCUUUUCUGUGUUUUGACUCUCAUACUCUCAGGGGCUCCUUUAAAUAUUUUUGCCUUCCAUGCUGCCCUGACAGUGUAGUCAAUCAGAUAUGGCUCUGUGACUUAACCAUGCGCACAUCUCCCUGGAAUGUGGGGCUCAAACAUUGCUCCUGUAAUUAUCUGUCCCAGGCAGCACUCCAUUUGUUCAUGCUGUCUGUGACAUGUCUUCCUACGCAAUUGCCUGUUAGGAGCCAGAAGUUUGCCUAACUGCUUUCACUUGGUUGUCCAGAUCCGCUGUAGUAGGCCCUGCAGGCUCAUUAAUAGUCCAGCCACAUAAUCACCUUAGCCCCAUCAGUUGUGGACACUCAUCCACAUUGUGUUCACUUGGAAGGAGCCCUGAUCUGGCAAUUAGAGGAUUGAUUUCAGUCCCACUCAGCUGUGGUGCCUGGGCAAAUCACUUAACUUCUCUGUACCUGCUUAUUAUUCUCCUGAAUAAAUCGGGACAAGAAUAGUGGAGAGGACAAAAUGAACUUCUGAAAUGCUGUCUAGCUCUAAAAUUUGAGAAACGACAAAAGUUGUAGAUUGGAUUCCUAGCCUCACUUGUUGUUCUUAUUUACUGAUCGCUGAUGAGACAUGCAGCAGUGCCAGCCUCAGGGCCAUGGAUUUUGAAGUAGACGGUCAGUUGGCAUCAGCAGAUCUGAGAGGGGUGGGAUCCUUCUUAGGUCAUCUCUGAUUCUAUGAUUUUCUUUGGCUCUUGCCAAAGGAGUGACAUUUUUGUUGGUUUUAUGAUGGGUAAUUUUUAUUUUCUUUGUGCAGUUUACAGUCUCAUAUACUUGUCAAGUUUCUAUGAGGGACUAUACAUAAACAAACACACAUGCACCCACAUCAUUUUUAUAAAAACAACAAUAUAGCCAAAAAGAAAUCUUUUUGUAAGAAAUGUAAGAAAUACAUUUGUUUUAUCCUUUUAAAAAUUAAAUUGAUUUAUAUUUUUAUUUAAAAGAUAGAGAUGGAGACAGAGCUAUAGAGAUUUACCAUUUGUUGGUUCACUCCCCAGAUAACUGCAACAGCAAGCGUAGGCCAGGUUGAAGCCAGGAGCCCAGAAUUCAACCUAGGUCUUCCACACUGGUGGCAAGGACCCAUGUAUUUGAGCCAUCACCUGCUGCCUCUUAGAGGCAUGAUGGCAGGAAGCUGGAAUUGGGAGUGGAGCCAGGACUCAAACACAUGCUGUCCAAUGUGGGAUACUGGCAUCCCACGUAUACCAAAUGCCAGACUCCAUUUGCUUUAUACUGUAUUUUGCUAUUUGUUCAAAAUCUAGUGGGCAUUACUAAACAUUAAUUAUUAUAUGGGUACUGUAUUUUUAUGUUUUGGGAGUCCAUCUGUAUGGCUUUCUUUUUAGUAGUAUAGAAAUGUCAAUGAUUUUAAAAAUUCAUGGACAUUCCUGUAACUCCUCCAUGAAUAGCAAAGCUUCUUAUGGAAGACAGUUUCUGUUCCCAAGGAUUUGACUGUUUUGAAAUGUAUUGAAUUGGAGUUGUUCAUGUGUUCAUAUUCCUGUUCAAUGCCAAACCCAUUGUUGGAAGACUGUCAGUAAAUAUUCCAGAAAACAUACAAAAUUUAUGAGUUUCCUUUAUGUCCAAAACUCUGAAAAUUCUGCUCAACAUUGUCAGUUUCCUGGGUCUUAUUAAAACAUUUGAGAAAUAAGUUUCUUUCCUUUCAUAUAAUAAAUCGGUUAACAGCAAUA